AUGGAAUUGCAUCACAAACUAUUCAUUGUAUCUGUUCAAUUUACAGCUAAGGGGAGAGCUUCAUUUGAUGAAGUGUUUAAAUUUUGCCCUUUCAAGUCCUUUACAUGUAUAAGGGUUGUUGGAGCUAGUAGAACAAGGCUGAGAUAUAGGAAACUAAUCAACAAAAGUUUUGCGGUUCAGCAGAAACCACAAGUUGAGCUUGAUGGAAGGGCAUGUGCAGUUGUUGGACAAAAUGGUCUUAUGGCACUUUAUGAUACACUAUUUAGCAUGUUGGAUGUGACUUCAGCUCAGCUUCUCAUGACUGAUAAUGACUUUCGGAGUUUAGAAUUUAGGAAACAACUUACUAAAACAAUGGAUUCUUUGUUAUCUUUAGAUGUUCUUCCUAUAUUCAAUGAGAAUGAUUCCAUUAGCACCCGAAGAGCUCCAUAUGAGGAUUAUUCUGGUAUAUUCUGGGAUGAUGACAGCUUGGCAGUCUUACUGGCUUUGGAGUUGAAAGUUGAUCUUUUUGUGUUGUUAAGUGAUGUAGAUGGGCUUUAUAGUAGGCCUCCUAGUGAUCCUCAAUCAAAGCUAAUCAAAGUUGAUCUUCUUGUGAUGUUAAGUGAUUUAUGA